CUCCUCUGCCGCCGCCGGCUCCGCAGCGCUGCGGCCGGCCGGCUCUGAGCGCGGGGCGCGGCGGGCGGCCCCGCUCUGGCUCCGCCAUGAGCUGCUCGACGGACGCCGUGAAGGAGAAGCUGCUGUGGAACGUGAAGAAGGAGGUGAAGCAGAUCAUGGAGGAAGCUGUCACGCGGAAGUUCGUCCAUGAGGACAGCAGCCACAUCAUCGCCUUGUGCGGUGUGGUGGAAGCGUGCCUCCUGCACAUGCUGAAGCGCAGGGCUGCCGGCUUCCUGCGGACCGACAAGGUGGCUGCACUCUUCACCAAGGUGGGCAAGACCUACACGGUAGCUGGAGACAUAUGCAAGAAGGUGCAGGAGCUGCAGCAGCAGGUAGAAAGCAGGAAAAAUCAGCCAGGUGGGCAGGAGCCCCUCAAGAGGCAGGGAUCAACCACGAGCAAAAGCCCUGUCCUGACCCCUCAGGCCAUCAAGCACAUCUGGGUGCGGACAGCACUGAUCGAGAAGGUGCUGGACAAGAUCGUGCAGUACAUCGUCGAUAACUGCAGUAAAUAUUAUGAAAAAGAAGCUUUACUGGCAGAUCCUGUUUGUGGCCCAAUUCUGGCUUCUCUUCUAGUUGGACCAUGUGCUCUGGAGUACACCAAGCUGAAGACAGCAGACCACUACUGGACAGACCCCUCUGCAGACGAGCUGGUCCAGCGGCACCGCAUCCAUGGCGUGCACGGCCGCCAGGACUCCCCCUCCAAGCGCCCGGCCCUGGGAAUCCGGAAGCGCCACUCCAGCGGCAGCAGCUCCGACGAUCGCUUCGCGGCCUCGGCGCGGGAGUAUGUGGAGUCCCUGCACCAGAACUCGCGCACACACCUCCUGUACGGCAAGAACAACGUCCUGGUGCAGCCUAAAGAUGACCUGGAGGCCAUCCCUGGCUAUCUCUCCCUUCAUCAGGCAGCAGACAGUUUGACACUAAAGUGGACUCCAAACCAGCUGAUGAAUGGAACCCUCGGAGACUCAGAGCUGGAGAAAAGUGUUUACUGGGACUACGCAUUGAUAGUGCCGCUGAGCCAGAUCGUCUGCAUCCACUGCCAUCAGCAGCCAGAAGGCAGAUGGACACUGGUCUUGGUGAGUCAGGAUGGAACUCAGCGACCUCCACUGCACUUUCCCCAAGGAGGUCACCUCCUCGCCUUCCUUUCCUGCCUGGAAAAUGGGCUCCUGCCUCGAGGUCAGCUGGAGCCACCCCUCUGGUCCCAGCAGGGCAAGGGUAAGGUGUUCCCAAAGCUUCGCAAGCGGCACAGCAACAGAUCUGUGGACCUGGAGGAAGUGCCAGCUGAAGACACCUCCACAGACUACGUGUUCAGAAUUAUCUACCCAGGACACAAGCACGAGAACAUAACUAUUAACUACCACCACUUAGCUGCCAGCCGCUCUACCUCUGUUGACGAUGAUGAGGAGGAGGAAGAUAAGCUACACGCAAUGCUAUCAAUGAUCUGCUCUCGGAACCUCACAGCUCCUAAUAGGAUGAAAGACACCAGUGAAAUGAUAGAGAUGCAAGGCUUUGGGGCAAACCUGCUCUCCUGGCAGCUGGAGCACUGCAGCCAAGGCUCCUCCUGUGUCUCCUGUUCCACGGGCAGCUCUCCCUAUGACAUUCCCAGCUGCUGCAGCUGCAUCCACGACAGAACUCCUCUGAAGAUGCUGUGUGACAGCAUGAAGAAACAAAUCGUUUCCAGAGCCUUUUAUGGAUGGCUCGCCUACUGCCGUCACCUCUCCACGGUGCGCACGCAUCUCUCUGCCCUGGUGAACCACACCAUCGUCCCCCCUGACAAACCCUCCAGUGCUGCAGGAGGCCUGACUAAAGAGGUCUGGAGCAAGUAUCAGAAGGACAAGAAGAACUACAAGGAGCUGGAGCUGCUGAGAAGAGUUUACUACGGCGGGGUGCAGCACGAGAUCCGGAAGGAGGUGUGGCCCUUCUUGUUGGGUCACUACAAAUUUGGCAUGGCCAAGAAGGAAAUGGACCAGGUGGAUGAGGACAUUGCUCUCCGCUAUCAGAAGGUGAUGGCUGAGUGGAAGGCCUGCGAGGUGAUCGUGAAGCAGCGCGAGAAGGAGUCCCACUCUGCCUCGCUGGCCAAGUUCUCCUCGGGCAGCAGCAUCGACAGCCACGUCCAGCGCCUCAUCCACAGGGACUCCACCAUCAGCAAUGAGGUCUUUAUAUCUGUAGAUGAAAUGGACUCCAGAGGUCAGGACGACCCCACUUUCACCACGGUGGCUGCAGAGGCACCACCAGCAGUGGCUGCCCUUGAGCAACAGCCUGUGGAGUUCGACUCCCCCGACUCGGGGCUGCCCUCCUCCAGGAACUACUCCGUGGCUUCGGGCAUCCUCUCCAGCAUCGACGACGGGCAGAGUGUCUCCUUUGAAGAUGGGGCUGAAGAAGAAGCUAGCACUGGGGUGGAAAUGACUGACGCAGGCACACCAGGUUUGCAGAAAGCCAAGUCGGGGGCGCUGCAGUCCCAGGGCUCUGUCUCAGAGGAGCAGCUCUGUUCCCAGGUGGAUUACUUGGUGGAUGUGGCUUCCGUCUGUGCCGCCUCCUACACGAUAGAGUUACUGGACACUGUUGCCUUAAAUUUGCACAGAAUUGAUAAGGAUGUCCAGAGGUGUGACAGGAAUUAUUGGUACUUUACUGCUGAUAACCUGGAGAAGCUCCGAAACGUCAUGUGCAGCUAUGUUUGGGAGCACCUGGAAGAUGGUUAUGUCCAAGGCAUGUGUGACCUCCUGGCUCCUUUGAUGGUUAUACUUGACAAUGAUCAGCUGGCUUACAGCUGCUUCAGCCACCUGAUGAAGAGGAUGAGCCAGAACUUCCCCAACGGAGGUGCUAUGGACACACACUUCGCCAACAUGCGGUCCCUCAUCCAGAUUCUAGACUCGGAGCUCUUUGAGCUGAUGCACCAGAAUGGAGACUACACUCACUUCUACUUCUGCUACCGCUGGUUCCUGCUGGACUUCAAAAGAGAAUUGUUGUACGAGGAUGUAUUUACAGUGUGGGAAGUUAUUUGGGCAGCAAAGCACAUCUCUUCAGAACAUUUUGUCCUUUUCAUUGCCUUAGCACUUGUGGAGGUUUAUCGAGAGAUUAUCCGUGAUAACAACAUGGACUUCACUGAUAUCAUCAAGUUCUUUAACGAGAUGGCAGAGCACCAUGACGCUGAGGAAAUCCUGAGGAUAGCAAGAGACCUUGUCUACAAAGUGCAGACCCUGAUCGAGAACAAGUGAUGCUGAGCAGCCUGGCCCGACAGAGCACUCCUUGCACUGCAACUCCAAACUGGUGUCUGAUUGCAUCUUCCAUGUAAUAAAUUACCUGAGAGAUUUGUAACAGACUCUGAAACCCAGAACUUUUCCUUCACCAGAUGAGGUUUGUGUUUGAUAGUCCUUGGUACACUCCCUUUGUAUUUCUAGACACAAUCUUUUUUGCAUUCUCUUACCUCCCUCUCUGGAAGACGUCCAGCUGUGGAGCUGAGGUAUUGAAAAGGAGGCACCUGAGCCACCAGGACGUUUCUGGUUUGACUUACUGCACCUUUUGUGCUCUGCCAGAGCCUUCCUUGGAUCAGUAACUCAAGUGCUGGAGGCACUGAACUGGGUCUUGGGAGGAGCGUGUUCGUGGAGCUAUUGUCUGUGCCUUGAACGAGGAAGAUGAAAGUCCCUGGGCACCUGUGGCUGAAACAUCUGCACUGAGCAGAGUGUUUAGUGGCAACUAAAGUAACCACAGCUACCACCUGGGAGAGUGGCCUUAAACUAGGUGAUGAAUCCAUGAUUCCCUGGCAUGGUUAAGAUGAGCAGUGCCCAUCUGGCAGCAUCUGCUCAAACCCUCAGCUGACCUUUGCUGACCAGCCGGUGCUGUUGAGUCCUCACAGCCUGCCCCUGCCACGGCCAAGCCUUCAGUUUACUUAGCAAACCUGCUCUGGGAAUGCUCCCAGGGCAGCAGGUUUAGCACACACAAACAGGUCUCCUGCUGGAGCUCUCACACUGAGUGUCUGUGCAGGGUGCCAAGAAGCUCAGACCCCACCUUACAGAGCUGGCAGCAGAGCCAAACCUCCUCCAGAUUACUCACACCACAGCACUGCCUGCCUCCUCCUCACCCUGCAGAGCUUUCCAGGAGGGCUUCCCUUGGCCUCCUGCAAACACAAACCAGGCACUCAAGCACCUCUCAGCUCUUGCCAGCCAAAGCAGCUGGCACUGUGGCACAGGAUCCCAUCCCUGCUGGUUUGUAGAGCUCUCCACAUGCACAGGCUCCGGGGCACCUCCUUCUGCUUGGCCACUUCUUUUUAAUAGCAGCAUCCAAUUCACUCCACCCUGCACAGGAGCACCCAGGGUCAGCUGGGCCCCUGCAGGCAGCCUGGUGGCUCUUUGGGCACCUCACUGCUGGAUUUUGCUGCUUCCAUGGGUACCUGUGAGAUGUGCUCCUGGACAGCCAGGGGCUUAGUGUAAGCACUCCAAGGACUCCAAAAGGUCCUCUGCCAUCCCUAGGACCUUAGUGAUCUAAAAACAAAGAAAUGAGUCUGAAUCUGAAUUCUGGGGGGGUUUGGCUCCAGAGCAGCCUUGCAGCUUAGCUAUCUUUGCACCUGGUCCAGAGCAGAGCUGUGGGCUCACAGACUGGGUUGGAAGGGACCUUUAAAGCUCAUCUGCUCCAAACCCUCUGCAGUGAGCAGAGACACCUUCCCCUGCAGCAGGCUGCUCAGAGAAGUUCAUCUGCAUCAGAUCAGCUCUCAUGAACUUCUAAAGUGAGAUCUUACCAAGAGAGGUGCAGAGAAUAAAAUGAUUCUGUUGGGAAGCUCAAAGGCUGUCAGGAGGCACCUACCUGAGUAACUCUGCUCCUGUUACUACCCAAGUGUGGCCUCUCCAGCUCCAUGCAUGAGUUGAGUGCUGCCGUGGGGUCCUCAGGGGCUGUUACUUGCAGCAGGUGGGUUUGGGUCUCAAAAGCCCAUCCCUCCUGAGAGCUCUCUUUGGGAUUGCAGUAAACUGGAACUGGUAAAGCAGAGUCUAAAGAGGGAAAAAAACACACCAAAUGCAAAUUGCAGAGAAGUGCUCCUCAGCUUCGUGGUCUCAGCCCUCCCUUAAAUUGGCUUCUCAAAUUCACAAGCCCAAAGCCUCCUGGGGGCAGCCAAAUGCCUUCAGGGGCAAGCCUGAUGCUCUCCAGGCUCACCAGCAUCACCCUCACGAAACAGGAGUGAGAACAGGAGCCCACUCAGUCCUGAGCAGGGUGCUGUGGAGGAGGCAGCAGUGAAGGAGAAGCCUCCAGUGCACAGAGCAAGCCUAAAAUAAACCAUGGUGGCAGCAACAGGGGACCAGCCCUGCCCAGCUGUGCUGCCCACCCUGGGCAUCCUGCACUUGGGGUGUGCUGGGAGGGAGGGGAGCUGGGAAGUGAUGACAGCAACUCCCAGAGGCCCACCCCAGCACCACUUACAGCUGUGCCCAGCUCUCCUGCAGGGCAGUGAAUGCCUACAGGCCCACCCCAGCACCACCUACACCUGUGCCCAGCCAUCCUGCAGGGCAGUGAAUGCCCACAGGCCCACCCAAACACCACUUGCAGCUGUGCCCAGCUCUCCUGCAGGGCAGUGAAUGCCCACAGGCCCACCCCAGCACCACUUACAGCUGUGCCCAACUCUCCUGCAGGGCAGUGAAUGCCCACAGGCCCACCCCAGCACCACCUACACCUGUGCCCAGCCAUCCUGCAGGGCAGUGAAUGCCCACAGGCCCACCCAAACACCACUUGCAGCUGUGCCCAGCUCUCUUGCAGGGCAGUGAAUGCCCACAGGCCCACCCCAGCACCACUUGCAGCUGUGCCCAGCUCUCCUGCAGGGCAGUGCAUGGCUGCUGGAAGGCCUCCAGCACACCUCAGGCCAGACCUGGCUGCUCACUGGAACCUGGAAUGGUAUUUCUCAGAGGUUGUGAUGAGUGAGAAGGGUUGAAAGGUUGCAGCUGGCAGGGCUGAGGAGGUGAUGCAAGCCCCAGACCUGCACUGGUUUUCUCUGGUAUGCUGGGAAUGUGCUACACAACAACCCCCAACCUCUGCACCCUACCUCGUGUUUGUUCCAACCUCCUGUCUCUGUACUUCAUGGCUGUUGUGGAUGGAUCCUCUCUUCUCGUUGGGAGCAGACUGUUCUCUUUCUUGCUCAAUUAUUUAUGUUUAACUGUAACAUAUGAAUAAAUACUUAUGGUCAAGGCA